UCAAACCUGCGACCUUUGGGUUACAAGUCCGACUCUCUAACCAUUAGGCCUCUAUCUGUCUGUCUGUAUUUCUUUCUUUUAUCUAUCUAUCUAUCUAUCUGGCUGGCAUUUUCAUUCUGUCUUAAAGGUCUAAAUAGCCCAUCGUUUAUCUUUUUUAUUAAAUUGUUUGUUCCAGCAUCAGAUACUUUUUAUUUUUCUAUUUACAAGAACCUACUAUGAAUAAUUGAAAAAAAUUGUUCCCAAAGAGUAACAUAUGUACAGAUUAGUAUUUGUUUUGGUGAAUUAAUAUGAUUCUUCAUUCAUUCAUUAAAUAAAAAAAAUUAUAAAAACUAAAUUUACACAGUAUAAAAUUUUAUGUGAAUUAUGGCAUUUUUGUUUUUUACAGCAACACAAUUGAUCAUCAAUAUGUAUUUGUUUCAUUAUGAUAAUCAAUAAUCAUUUGGUAGCCAAAACUGUCCAAUGGAUGUAGCAGAUAAUGGAUGCAAUGAUCGUGUUAAUAUAAUUAUUAUUAUUUAUUUAUUUUUUAUCUUUUUUUGUAAUUUGUGAUGACGUGUGUAAUGCAAGGUACAUGCUUGUGUUUGAGUAUAUAUGUGUGAAUGUGUGUCAAGUUUCAUUAGUGGAAAGCUGUUCAUUCCCUGUCUAUGUCACUGGGAGUUGCCACAAGAGGGGAGGGACUUAAACAAGGAGGGACAAUGCUUGUGUUUGUGCAACGGCCCCUGAGAGGCAGCUGGCUCUGUCGGAUCUCUUGUGCCUGACUACGGCUGCUGCACACAUUGUCAGCGUGCAGAGGGGGGAAGUGGACGGAUUGAUCUGCCCGGUCAAUGCACUGACAAAGGGAAGGGUGUGAAGGUCGGCACGCCGUGGACGGUUUAUCCUGAAACUUUUGCGGCAGAGAGAGGAGAAUUGGAGGAAAUCAAUUAAAGUGUGGCCAAAAUGGCCGAGAAGAAAGUGAGCCUCCCUGCUAAGCUGAUUAAUGGGGGCGUGGCUGGACUGGUGGGAGUGACCUGCGUGUUUCCCAUUGAUCUCGCCAAGACCCGCCUCCAAAAUCAGCAGGGUGCUCGUGUUUAUAGUGGAAUGUUGGACUGUUUGACAAAGACGAUCAAAAUGGAGGGCUACUUUGGCAUGUAUCGAGGUGCAGCUGUGAAUCUUACACUGGUCACACCAGAGAAAGCCAUCAAACUGGCUGCCAAUGAUGUCUUCAGACAGAAGCUCUCCAAAGAUGGAAAAUUACCUCUGUGGGGGGAAAUCCUCGCGGGCUGUGGAGCCGGAACCUGUCAGGUGGUAGUCACCACCCCCAUGGAAAUGUUAAAAAUACAACUCCAGGAUGCUGGCAGGUUGGCUGCUCAGCGGACUGUCGCUGCCUCUGCCUCUGCCUCUGCCGCUGGUCCGACCCCUUCACUGGUUGCCUCUCCGGCAGCACAGCCGGGCACCAAUGCCCCUCCUCGAUCAUCAGCGACCCGUAUCACCCUGGAGCUUCUUAAGACUCGAGGCCUCAGGGGUCUUUAUAAAGGUGCUGGUGCUACACUGAUGAGGGAUGUCCCGUUUUCCAUGAUCUACUUCCCGCUGUUCGCCAACCUCAACGCCGUGGGCCGCACCGAGGAGCGCCAUAGCAACCCCCAGGAGCGGGCCCCCUUCCUGCAGUCUUUCGUGGCUGGCUGCACAGCCGGCUCAGUGGCGGCAGUAGCUGUCACUCCCCUGGACGUUAUAAAGACUCGGCUACAGACCUUGCAGAAAGGGGAAGGAGAGGAUUCCUAUAAAGGCAUUAUUGACUGCGCACAACGCAUUUUAAAACGAGAAGGACCAGCUGCGUUUCUUAAAGGAGCAACGUGUCGAGCUUUAGUCAUCGCUCCACUCUUCGGCAUAGCUCAGGGUGUGUAUUUCCUGGGCAUCGGCGAGCACAUGCUGGGGCUGCUGGGAUAGCAGCAGGUGACGUUACCUCAGUCAUCAUACACACAGUACUGUUUCUACGUGGGCCGAGGCAUAAAGAUGAGUGAUGAAGGAAGAUGUUCGUGAUGAAAAAAAGAAGGUCCCAGACUUUAUUUGCGAUGAGGUAAAUACUGAGAGAAAUUCACAUACCCAACCAAAAGAGGUUCAGACACUUUGGGAAAAUAGAGGAGGUUUGUGUAACACUAAUAUAAAAGCCUAUAUUGCACAAUAACUUUAAGUACCUAAAAACUACAAACAGGGUUCUUUAGGUAAGACAGGGUCCUGUUCUGACUAAUCUGGCAGGGUUUUUCGUCCAAUUAAUAUUGUUUUUAUGUCUUUAAAGCCCAUAGUUACAAUCAGUUUUAAACCAACAUGAUUCGUGAUAAUAGUUGUGAACAGGGUUGGUGUGUAUUUAAAUUGCAGAAAGGUAUGGAAGGGAAAUAAUGAUAAUUGUGAGUUUUUAUCGUACAAUUCAGACUUUUUUCCUCGCAAUUCGAAGAAAGAAAUAAAAUCUGAAUUGUGCUCGUAAUUCUGAGUUUACAUCGCACAAUUAACUUUUAUUUACUUCCUGCCACCAAAUGGAAAAAAUAAA